UUGCUCUCCGUUUUUGUCUCCAAGUUCUCAUUGCCUUCCCACAAAAUAAGGAUCUGUUCCUCUGUUUCUCUCAUUUCCUUGUUUGUGUCUCAACUUCUUUCUUUCUCAUUUCUCCAUCAUCCGCAACAACAUGGCGAACGCGGCAUCUGGAAUGGCUGUUGAUGAUGAAUGUAAAUUGAAGUUCGUGGAGCUAAAGGCAAAGAGGAACUACCGUUUCAUUGUGUUUAAGAUUGAGAGUCAGGAUGUGGUGGUGGAAAAACUUGGAAGUCCAGAAGAAACCUAUGAUGACUUUGCUGCUUCUCUGCCUCCUGAUGAGUGCCGAUAUGCUGUCUUUGAUUUUGAUUUCACCACUAAUGAGAACUGCCAGAAAAGCAAGAUUUUCUUCAUUGCAUGGGCUCCUGAUAUAGCAAAGGUGAGACACAAGAUGGUGUAUGCUAGCUCUAAGGACAGGUUCAAGAGGGAACUUGAUGGCGUUCAAGUUGAGUUGCAAGCAACAGAUCCUAGCGAGAUGAGCCUUGAUAUCAUAAAAUCAAGAGCACUAUAAAUGUGUCACACCCAGCUAAUCACAUUUCAUCCUUUUCCAGUACAGCUAGCUUUUGCAGCAGUAUAAUACUCAUUUUAUUUUCUUUUUUCUCUGUUUUGUUGUUGCUGUUUUUUCGUUCUUUUUACUGAAUGGUCUACAUUCUAGACCCAUAGUUUUUCAAUACAAUGCUAAGAAAAUCACACUGCCUUGCAUUUCAAACUAUCUAUAAUUAGAUGGCUUGGCUUAUUGUAUACAUAUACAUUCUUUGACUUCUUAUAAAAUUGCACUCUGAGUAUAUUGGUGUGUUUGG